CUCAAACUCAAUAAAGAUGCAAUUCAUUCAAACAUCUAAAGAGACUUAUCUCAGAGCUGUCCGUAACAGAUAGGCAGCUAUUUAUACCGAUAACGAAUUAGAACUAAACUUACAAGUCGAUUAAAGGCUAAGUCUAGGACCGAGGUGUGCAAAAUCAUGAUUAACUAGGGAGGAAUUUACCUACCACUCUUCAAAAAAUCAAUUUCGAGUUUCUUGGAGGAAUUUGGGACGAGACUAUCCCAAUAAGUGCAACAAUAUGAUACCCUGAGUAGUUAAUGGAAGGCAAACAAGUCAAACGCAUCACAGUUCCCUAAUUCAAGACUCUGACUGUUGAUAGAAUCUACGCCUUUGUGAGCAACCACUUCGGCAUUUACAUGUACUCCCCAGAGAGGAAAGGAAAGCCAUGGAUCCCAAACUGAGCAUUCAUCUGAAAUAUUAUCAAUUUUGCAUCUUUUAACGCCCUCAGUCAACACAAAACUUCAGGAUAAGUUUAGGAAGUUUAUUAAGAAGGGUAAAAGUAUAGAUAAAAAUUCUUCUUCAAGAAGAAGCAGUUCUACCUCUACAUUAAGACAAAAAUGUGGUGAUAUCCGGAGAUGACAUCGGUAGAACUCAAUUUUUGAUGAGAAAGUCAAAGAUAUUCAGAAGAGACAUGGAGAAUCAAGACAUGAAAAACCUUAAGGAGAAAGUCAAGGAAGCCAAAAUGCAAAAAUUUAAAGCUGAGAAGACAAUAAUCGAGCUGACAGCCCAGAUUUUUGUUAGAGCAAAAGGACGAGCACUUCGUAGAGACUCUGAGACCUUUAAGAAGCUUUUGAGAUGGACGCGAUAAAUAGGAAUGACAACUCAAUUACUAAAUAACUUCUUCCUACAAGAUCUCAUUACACCCAUUCUUUCUCAAAUACCUCAUCAAAUCAUUUGGCGAAAACUGCCAUCACUGGCACAAUUUUCGCUCAGCUUUACCACAACUGUUGUCGAGAGGGCUCUUAGGUGUUGAUAAGGAAGGAUAAAGGAUUGCCUAAACCCUGAAUCUUUCAAUUAUAUAAUAAGGAGCAAGUCAUGAGCUCUACUGGCUUGACGGGGAUAAAAAAAGCACUUCACUCAGCAUGGAGAGUUAAAGUGAAUUUGGAUGAGCAGGCUAAAGGAAUACAAGGGCACAAAGAGCACUUUUGUGAGAAGAAUCGAGAUACUAAAUCUCUCUAUAGAGCUGAGAAAAGCAACAUUCAUGGUACAGAUCAUUGUUGGCAUUUCAGAAAAUAUGCUUAAUUUUAUUAGAAGGUCAAUCUCUCCUCCGGGUUUUAUCCAUGAACUCGAUAAAAAAGAAAUCUAUAACUAUGCUAUCACCAUAUUUUGAAUACUAACAGAUAUCAAGGAACAAAAUAAUCUCGAAACCAUGAAAAAAGCUUUACAAAUUGCUUUUUCCUUUAUUGAGGGUUAUACAAAAGAUCUGCAAACUCAAGUGAGAUUUUUCACUCUAUUAUAUAAUGUUUUUAAGCAAAACUAUAGAUGUAGAUUUGAGGUUUUUAGUAGAUAGCUUUCAUUCUGAGAAGCAAACAACUGUAUAGUAGUCAUUCAGAGCAAUCUGAUCAUAAUUGAUCAGAUUGUUAACCAAUGGGAUAUAACCACAGAACAAAGAAUUGAGCUUUAUAAGAAAAUCAUUUCCAUUCUAAUUGAGGAAGAGAAACUAGCAGCUUAUGAAUUAAUGCUCAACACAAUCAGACUCUUUGGAGAAGAUGAAACUUUGAUCUCCGAAAAUAAGGACUUAAUCACCAAGACCAUCACUCUUGCUCUUGAGCAUCCUAAAAUUGCCCAAUUUGAGUAUUUAUACAAUAUUGCAGCUAUUCAAGUUUUCAAAAUUAAGAAAAUUGAAAGAAAAAAAUAAUUGAGCUCCUUCACAUCUUCACUUAUGAAAAGCUUGAAUACUUUACAAAAUGGGAAGAAAGUAACAAAGAGUAUCUUGAGUCCUCUUGAAUGGAGUCGUCAGUACUCAAAAAUAAAAUACAAUACAUCUCAUUCUUCUCUCUUGCAGUGACUGAUAACGUGAUUAGUUUUGAGAAACUUGCCAAAACCAUAGGGAUCUCAAAAGAUGAAAUAGAAGAAUGGGUUAUAAAUGCAGUAGUUAAUGGAAUCAUAGAUGCAAGAUUUAACCAAGAGCAAGAGCAAGAACAAGUAAUAAUCAACAUAUUUGCUCAAAGAUCAUCCAGCCUUAAAAAAAGGAGAGACAAGACUAUUAAAAACUUUGAUUCAGUGCAGAGCAAGAUCAAUGCUUA